CAGACACUCUACAUAUAAAGUUUGUACUAAUAAACACCACAAAGAAUAAUACUAUGAGAAUAAAAAACAAGGUUCUCUCAAAAUAUAAAACAAGAUAUUACAGAAGGGUAGGUGCAAGAGCUUGAUCACUAUAGAAUGGAAGGAAGCAUGAAGGAAAGUCUGCUGGAUUUAGCCAGAGACGAAGCCAAGUCAUCUUUGAAGAAGAAAAUAUGGAGUGAGAUAAAAAAAGGUCUUGAUUGUAGCUGGUCCAGCUAUACUAACACCAUUUUCAACAUUUGGUGUACAUGUAGUCAGCCAGUCUUUUAUGGGCCACAUUGGCUCCACACACCUUGCUGCUUACGCCCUCGUCUUCACUGUGCUCUUCUGAUUUGUCCUUGGCAUUCAGGUACUGAGCCCUGGUUGAUUUAGUUUCUAGCAAAAUAAAGAUAUUUUUUUGGUUACAAAUAUGCAGCUAGGCAUGGUUGGUGGGGUGGGGACUCUAUGUGGGCAAGCAUACAGCGCCAAACAAUACGAGAAGCUUGGAAUUUAUCUUCAGCAAUCGUACAUCAUCUUGCUCGUUGUUUGUGUUCUGGUCAUACCCCUGUUUGUGUUUGCUGCUCCGGUUCUGAAAGCAUUAGGACAGGACCACAACAUUGCGGACAUGGCAGGGGAUGUCGCUCCCUGGUUCAUCGCUGUCGUCUUCUUGUAUGGUGCAAUGUACGGCUGCAAUGCCUAUCUGCAGUCUCAGAGCAAGAACUUCGUCUUGUCAUGCUAUGCAAUUGUCUCCUUGCUCACGCACGUGCUCCUCUCGUGGCUUCUAGUUGUGAAAUUGGAGUUUGGCGUUUCUGGCGUCAUGUCAUCCACUUGUUUGGCUUUCUUGAUCAUGAAUUUAGGCCAACUUUUGUAUAUGGUGUCCGGAGGAUGCAUACAGACGUGGAGAGGCUUCACGGCCUUAGCGUUCAGAGAUCUUAGACCGACGGUCAAGCUUGUAGUGUCGUCUGGUGUGAUGAUCUGGUUAGCCUCCUUUUAUCAUAACACAACAUAGAAACUGUUUGUGUAUAUGUCAUACGACUUGUGUGUUUUGUCUUGGCGUUCUUGGAGUCUCAUCAUCACUGGGUGGACUAAGGCGUGAGCAAGUGGCUAAAGCGUUUGCACGUCUCUCACCUCUUGUUGCUGUUUAUAUACUUUUGAACAGCGUUCAGCCUGUUCUCAUAGGUGAGCCCUGCUAAACAAUAAUUUUUUUAAAAGUCUCAGUCGGUAAUAAAAUAAUUUUUUCGGGAUUUAGGUGUUGCGUCUGGAAAGGUAUUGUCGCGUAUGUGAACCUCGGUUCGUAUUACUUGGUAGGGGUACCUCUGGAUUUGAGUUGUGUGCUAAGAUGUGA